AUGAUCACGGGAGAGCAUAUGGAGUGCGUGCGAGCUCAGACGGAGAGAGUCCUCGGCUCCUGAGUGGAUAAUGACGCGUGUCUGAGUGUAAUGUCACGCGCGGCGGGGCUGCGUGUCUGGGACAGGUGUGUUACCUGUGGCUGUGAACGGAGGGAAUGGGCACGGAGCAGCAACGUGCCGACGAAACGUAUCGCUUUCCUUGAACCUUGCUGCUGUUUUCCGAUCAGAAGCGCGUUUGGAUAGUGGAGCGGUCGGGUUAAACCGGUGACUUUUGAGUAUUGAUUGAUCGCGAACGGCUCGUGACGCCUUUGGAACGGGUGAAGACACGCGAACCACUCCCUGAGCACUGGACGCGGAGCUCUCUUUUUGAUUGUGCAUCCAGUGUGAACGGGAUUGUGCGCGGUUCUGACGCAUUAGCGAACCGGGCUGCGGUAUGUGCGAGACGGUGAUGGCCGUGUCUCAGCUGGACAUCGAGCCUCAUCCGCCGGAGAACGGCUUCGUUACCCCCGAAACUAAUAAAUCGCCCGAUUUGCUCUCGCGGAUCGACGGCGGCGUUUUGCCGAGCGUGGGCGGCUUCGGGAGAUUUCAGAAACAGCUGAUCGUUUUAACAUGGAUCCCGGCCAUUUUCAUUGGCUUCAGCCAAUUUUCGGACAAUUUUCUCCUGGCUCAGCCAAAGACUUGUGCGCAAGUGCAGCGGAAUAUCAGCGAUCCUUCACUCAAUGUUACGCAGGCGAUAUUAAAUAUCAAUAAUGCAAGCAACUCCGCUAAUGCGUCAUCACAAUGCAUCUGUACGCAGUCGGGAUGCGAACUGGAAAUCGGACUAGAGCAAAAUGUUGUCACAAAGAGUACCCACAUGAAUGCAUGGGGAAAGGUGAGUUUGUUUGCAAAGCAUCCAGGGGCCUGCAUUACAGCGCAAAGGACCGACUCUCUGUUCAGAGAAUGGCAUUGCUGACUGAGACGAAUACGAGUCAUCUGCAUCAACAGCUGACAAGGUGCCAGCCAUCACGGGGUGUCAUGUCACUGGGUUCCCUCAUGCUGACCAGAUGACAUAACCGCUCUGAAAAAACAACAGCACCCUUUUAACCAUCUGCGUCCUGCCCUUCGGCCUCCAUUAGCCUGUCGGUGCAUUGUGCGAUAGUGAAUAUGGGUCAGCAAACUCUGAGGAUUACACAGUAGUUCUGAGCAGCCUACAGAGAUAAGAGAAAGCCACCGCAGGCCUUUUGAGUUGAUCAUAUUAGUGCCACAUUAUGUCCUUCCCUGCUAAUCUGGUAACUGGAGGAAGAUUCCCUAUUAAUAACAGCUAUGGGCAAGGAGUCUUCAUCAAAUGUGGUGUAAGACUCAAAUCUUCAUCUUGUUUUCUCUGUCUAGAUGCUCGUGUUAUGACGUAUCAUGUACAAGCAGAGAGGCAGAUUAAGUGGUACUUUAUUCCAUAUUUGCAUAAAGCAUUCGUAAAAAUAAUUGGAAAAAGACCCACAGACCUGUAUGCACUGCACAGAGCCUGCCAUGAGAGUGAGUGAAUCAGCAAACUUGUACAAAAGCAUCAAUUUACCCAUGGCUUUGCUGUUCUCUCUGAAAGGAAAUCCUGUAACUGUGUUGGCAUGCAUUUCCAGCAAUCAAAUGUGAGCUAUCGUUUCUAUUUAUUUAUUGAAACCGUUGUCCAUAUGAUCAAUUUGGAGGUGUAAUUUAUGGUUGCUGCGUUUAAAAAAAAAAAACAGUUUCUUUAAUAUCACCUUCUAUACGAAGUAAGGCAUAAUGUCCAGCGUGCCAUUUUUUUUUUUUUUAGGUUUGUGUCGGGUUCUGAUCACUCUGUCAGGUUUAUGUUGUGCAUUUAUCCUUUUUUUUUUUUAUACAUCCGCUUGCUACAUACAGUGAGUAAAUAAUUGGACAUGGUAUAUUAAUUUGAGCUUACAUUUUAUUAGCUCACUUGUAGUGAACUCCAACUACAAAAUGAGCACUGUUGAGGUGCUUCGGGAACAGGGUUGAGAGCCUCUGAAC